AUGUCUCACGCCACCGUCAUGAUGGAGAGGAUCAAGUUGAUUGGUGAUGGGAAAGUGAUAGACCCAUACAUCAUGUCAGGGUUCAAAGAGGAGCUGAGGAACCAAGUCUUGCGGGCCUACAUUCACUCCUACACUAGUAGGAUAAAGUUCAGGUCAGGCUUGGGACAAACAAUAUAUGGGAUGACCAAGCCAAACUUGAGAGAUAAACGCAACAUGUUAAUGAAGCUAAUCUUCGAUGAAGAGUGCAACAUGCCAUGUAGCCAGACUUUGACCCUAGAGCACAUCAUCAAGAUGAGAUUGACACGAGAAAUGCUAGAGUGGCAGAGCUAUCCAACCCCUAGAGGGAAUCAUGACCAUAACGCUCUACUACAACUUCAACAUCUCUGGGUGAUCUGCGAAGAUGCCCGCCGAACUUCAUUGGAUGUGUAUCCAAAUGGCUCCAUGGCUGCAAUCACGGACGAGUGGCUGGAGGGUCUGAACGUAGUCGCACUAGCGCGGAUACUAAGCAAGAGGAGAGCAUUUUUGAGAAUGAGGUUACAUGGGGCUCUAGCCAUGGUGGGAGUCAGACUACAGGUGCUUUCUAGACCCGAGGAAAGUGGAGCUAGUGAGGAUGAUGGGGUCGGGGGACUCGAUAACAUAAGCGAGGAGGAUGGGUCUGCUGGAGAAGGAGAAGUGGCUGAAAGCGAAAAAGACGGGCGAGAUGGCGGUGACGGGUCUGGGGAAAAGAGGUACACGCUUGGGAAGUGUGACACGAAAUGGCUCCACCAGCUGGUAAUGUCAGCCACAUCCGCUCUGGUUGGGGUCUGCGUCCAAGCGUGUGUCGGGACACCCGCUCAGAAGUCCAAGGCAUACAUGGCUAUCGGGGUGGCAAAGAACAAACAAUAUCUGGGAGUCGACGACAAGCCCAACUUGGGACAUAAGCGAUACAUGUUAACAAGGCUGAUCUUCGACGAGGAGUGCCUCAUGCUAGGUAGCCAAUCUUUGAACCUAGAGCACGUCAUCGAGAUGUUUGUCAAGGUAGAGGGGCACAAGGACCCUACACGGGCAAUCUUCUCAUCGAAUCUAACAAAAAGGCAGGCACAUUCUUGGAUGGAACAUGAUUGGGUAGGAGAUCGACAUGAGGAAUGCCAGAGUGGUAGAGCUAACCAAGCCCUCAGAGGAAAUUAG